AAGAAGACAAACACUCAAUCAGAAAGACUUUGCGCUUACUGAAGGCAAACAGUUUGUUACAGCAUGGCAGCCUUGAUUGUGGGGAUACUCCUGAUAUGUGCAGUCCUUGCCGGACAAGGGUCGAAGGCUCAGGAUUGUGGAGUGGCACCUCUGAAAACAAGGAUAGUGGGUGGAGACAAUGCUUCAGCUGGGUCAUGGCCCUGGCAGGUCAGCGUGCACGUCUCUUUGAAUCGGCCUCACUUUCACGUCUGCGGGGGGAGCCUGAUCACUGACCAGUGGGUACUCACAGCAGCCCACUGCAUCAUAAUAAACUCGACAAGUUCAUGGAUUCUCUACCUUGGAAGAAAGACUCAGUCUGGCCCUAACAUUCACGAGGUAAGCCGCACCUUGUCCCAGAUCAUCGUCCACCCUGACUACAACAACACCUUGUACAACAACGACAUUGCCCUUAUGAAGCUCCAAAGCCCUGUUGUAUUCACUGACUACAUCAGACCUGUCUGUCUGGCAAGUAACUCCAGCCAGUUUCACAACUCCACCCUCUGCUGGGCCACUGGUUGGGGCAAACGUGGACAUGAAGAGCCUGAUACAGCCUUUGACUCACUGCAGGAAGUUCAGAUUCCCAUCAUUGGACCAAAGCAGUGCACUUGCAACUACAGCCCAGUUCGACAGGCAAACAUCACUGAUGAAAUGAUGUGUGCGGGACAAGAGAACAAAGGAAUAUGCCAGGGGGACUCUGGUGGUCCUUUGCAAUGCGAACAAGACUCGCGAUGGAUUCAGUCCGGCCUUUCCAGUUAUGGAGUACCUUGUGCCUUGGCUGGUUUCCCUGAAGUCUAUGCCCGAGUAUCUCAAUUCCAGACUUGGAUCAUGGAGCAAGUGGCUGGGGCAAACGUUGGCUUUGUAACAUACACCUCCAAUGGCACUGAUGAAGACAACAACUUUGUGUGUGGGGACUCAAACGGAACUUCAACUGUUGAUAGUGGCAGUGUUCCUGCAGAACACAUGUUUACAUUUCUUCCUUUGUUGUGUUACGUUAUGUUUGUCUUAUAAUUGAUAACGUAUAUGUAUAAUAUCACAAUGAUUGCAGUGGAGUUUGUGUUGUCAAAGUGUCACCACACUGUAGAACUCUAGUUUUUUCUCUGUUGAAACUUUUUGGGGCUUGAAACAAAUAAUAAAACAUGCUUUUCUUUAUCAGUCACAACGGGAUGAAAUUAAAAGACUUAAACAAAAGAAAAUGUAUAGAUUUAAUGGAUUUAGUCUGAACUAUUUCUGGGUAUAGUUUGUUUUUCUAUACCGAUUUCGAUGCCUUAAAGUUAAUUACAUUUUAUACUUUGUGUGAAUAAUAUUAAUUACCCCAUAGCCUUAUCAAGCGCCUCUUGGUCGUGCAACUCUGAAUUUGUGUAACUUGGCACGCGCGAUCACGUGGCUAGUCUUUAAAACCGUCAUUUGUGCAUAUAUGUUGUAGAAAGGCAAUGAAGUAGCCAUAUAUGGGUAUAUCUCUGGGCUACACUUGUUGUGUUUUUGACUCUACACAGUUAAUUUUGUUGCUACGCCCUCUGGCGUCUCGGAGAAUAAUGCAGCGCACAGCUACAGUAUAAACACUCACAAAAAGUUUGGAGAAUUUCCAUAAUCAUGGUAGAUAAUUAAAAACUAGAGGCCAGUGCUUCAUCCAAUCUGCUCGACUCCGUUGCUGUCUGAGCGCACACGUGUGAGUGGGCCUCACGCUGCUCCAGGUCAAACAGACACAUGACCUCCCAGCUCUUUACAGCCAUGAGACAGACACAGAGCAGAGCUACGUUUAAACAAAAAAAAGUCUCAAACUGACACAGCAAAAUAGAGGAA